AUGUAUGUUGGGGGACGCACUCUCUAUUUUCGCCUGGGUGUUUCGGAUCCCAUCCAUGGGGUCCCUGAAUUUAUUUCGGUUGGGUAUGUGGACUUGCACCCUAUCACCACAUAUGACAGUGUCACUCGGCAGAAGGAGCCACGGGCCCCAUGGAUGGCAGAGAACCUCGCGCCUGAUCACUGGGAGAGGUACACUCAGCUGCUGACGGGCUGGCAGCAGAUGUUCAAGGUGGAACUGAAGCGCCUGCAGAGGCACUACAAUCACUCAGGGUCUCACACUUACCAGAGAAUGAUUGGCUGUGAGCUGCUGGAGGAUGGAAGCACUACAGGAUUUCUGCAGUAUGCAUAUGAUGGGCAGAAUUUCCUGAUCUUCAAUAAAGACACCCUCUCCUGGCUGGCUGUAGAUAAUGUGGCUCACACCAUCAAGAGGGCAUGA